UUCUUUCAAAAUGGGCCGGCCCAAUUAUUAACAUAACAAAUCUAAAACCCUAGUUUCAUUCAUAUUAUCAACGCCUCAAAUAAUUGUGCGAGGAGUGAUCAAGAUUCAGCAGCAGCAGCAGCAGCAGGAGGAGGAUAUCUGAAAAUGAGUUACAAGUACCAUCAGUUUCAGGUUGUAGGGAGAGGGCUACCAACGGAGACAGAGGAGCAGCCGAAGAUCUACCGUAUGAAGCUUUGGGCCACCAAUGAAGUCCGCGCUAAGAGCAAGUUUUGGUACUACUUGAGGAAGCUUAAGAAGGUCAAGAAAAGCAAUGGUCAGAUGCUUGCUAUUAAUGAGAUUUUUGAGAAAAACCCGACGACCAUCAAGAACUAUGGAAUCUGGCUAAGGUACCAAUCAAGAACCGGAUACCAUAACAUGUACAAGGAGUACAGGGACACAACCUUAAACGGGGCGAUUGAGCAGAUGUACACUGAGAUGGCAUCUCGCCACAGGGUCCGUCACCAUUGCAUCCAGGUCAUCAAAACCGCCACCAUUCCAGCUAAGCUUUGCAAGAGAGAGUCCACAAAGCAGUUCCACAACUCAAAGAUCAAGUUCCCAUUGGUGUUCAAGAAGGUUAGACCCCCAACUAGAAAGCUCAAGACCACAUACAAGGCUUCAAGGCCCAAUUUGUUUGUCUGAGUCAUUAUUGACUUCUGUUUUUGUUUUUAAAUUUGGAAUUACAUGUUAGUUACUGAUUUUGGAUAUUUGGUUGUUUCAAAUGGAGAUUGGUAUUUUUCUUUUAGAAUCAUAACAAGUAAUGGUCAUCAUAUGUUAUGUGAUCGCCUUUCACUUA